AACCCUAGGCGGCGCGCCUCGCCAUUACCUCAUCCCCCGGCCUCGUUCUCGCCAAUCCCUGCCUCGCCAGGGGUGUGGCUGCACGCAGUUCUCGCGACUUUUGCUCUACCCUUCGGCUGCGCUCCUCCUGUCGCGAGACUUCCUGCUGCUCCGCCGCUCCCUUUACCGCCGCCUUAGCCGGGGACCCGAGCCCAGCCUCUCCCCUACCCGAACACCGGCCCCGGCUCCACCGAGGCCCCGGUACCCCAACCCCGCCUCGCCGCCGCCAUGGCGGACCCUAAAUACGCCGAUCUUCCCGGCAUUGCCAGGAACGAGCCCGAUGUUUACGAAACCAGCGACCUACCUGAGGAUGAUCAAGCCGAGUUUGAUGCGUUUGCACAAGAGCUGGAGGAGCUGACAAGCACAAGUGUAGAACACAUCAUUGUCAAUCCCAAUGCUGCCUAUGACAAGUUCAAGGACAAGAGAGUGGGGACAAAGGGACUUGAUUUCUCAGAUCGUAUUGGAAAAACCAGGAGGACAGGAUACGAAUCUGGAGACUAUGAGAUGCUUGGAGAGGGUCUGGGAGUGAAGGAGACACCCCAGCAAAAGUACCAGCGACUACUACAUGAGGUUCAGGAGCUGACAACUGAAGUCGAGAAAAUCAAGACAACAGUGAAGGAGUCAGCCACCGAGGAGAAGCUGACCCCCGUGGUGCUGGCCAAGCAGCUGGCGACCCUGAAGCAGCAGCUGGUCUCCUCCCACCUAGAGAAGCUGCUGGGCCCAGACGCUGCAAUCAACCUCACUGACCCCGACGGCGCUCUGGCGAAGCGCCUACUGCUGCAGCUGGAAGCAACAAAGAACAGCAAAAGGGGUUCAGGGGGGAAAGGCACCACUGGGACUCCCCCAGACAGCAGUCUUGUCACUUAUGAACUACAUUCUCGGCCUGAGCAGGAUAAGUUCUCUCAAGCUGCCAAGGUUGCAGAACUCGAAAAGCGCCUGAUGGAGCUGGAGGCAACUGUGCGCUGCGACCAGGAUGCACAGAAUCCCCUUUCUGCAGGACUGCAGGGAGCUUGUCUUAUGGAGACUGUAGAGCUGUUGCAGGCAAAGGUGAGCGCCCUGGACCUUGCGGUUUUGGACCAAGUGGAGGCUCGACUACAGAGUGUCCUUGGAAAGGUGAAUGAGAUUGCCAAGCACAAAGCCUCAGUGGAGGAUGCAGAUUCACAAAGCAAGGUGCACCAGCUGUACGACACCAUACAGCGCUGGAGCCCCAUUGCCUCCACCCUGCCUGAGCUGGUACAGAGACUCGUCACCAUCAAGCAGCUGCACGAACAAGCCAUGCAGUUUGGUCAACUCCUGACACACUUGGACACCACCCAGCAGAUGAUCGCAAGUUCCCUUAAGGACAAUACCACUCUCCUGACCCAGGUGCAGACAACCAUGCGUGAAAAUCUGGCCACAGUAGAGGGGAACUUUGCCAGCAUCGAUGAGCGGAUGAAGAAGCUGGGGAAGUGAGCAGUGUGGGAGCUGGAGGGCAGGGGUCAGCCCCACCUCUCUGACCUCUGUUAACAGCUGACAUAGGGCUUCCCUUCACUCUGACUCUCGCAUCCCCAUCCCAUCUGACACUGGGGCAAGGGUUCUUCUUGCAUGUGGGGUUGACACCCCUCCCCUGAUGAAUACAGAGUGGUAGCUGGGGGUUAUUAGAGGGGGGGUCUCCCCUCAGGCCCGGGAGGCGAGGAUGUGGGCCCAGCCACAUGCCAGCUCAUGUCCAAUACUGCUUUGCCUGAUGUGGGGAAGGGUUGGGUCCUGUCCUCCAUCACGGCUUCUGUGGCUGGCUGUAACACUGUACAACUGUUCUGACCAUUAAAUGCUGUUGUGCUCUGUG